AUGGCCGGCCGGCGCCUCUCAUCCAUCGUCCACGGCAAAGCUAACGAAGCAUUCGACUCGUCCUUGGGCAAUGAAGCCCAACUCGCCAGACUUGGCUAUGAGCAAGAACUCAAGCGCUCAUUCAGCCUUCUCGGCAUGGUCGGCUUCAGCUUCUCCAUCGUCACCUGCUGGACAGCCCUGGGCGGAACACUGAUCGUGGGCAUCGUCGCCGGCGGCCCGCCCGUUAUGGUCUGGUCGUGGGUUGGUAUUUGCUUGCUCUCGCUCUGUGUAGCGUACUCGUUCGCGGAGAUGUGCUCGGCCUAUCCAACUGCGGGAGGUCAGUAUUCAUGGGUCGCGUUGCUGGCGCCGAAACGGUAUGCCAGAGGUGCCGCCUGGGUUACGGGCUGGUUCAUGUGUACGGGUAUCGUGGCCAUGGGAGCCGUUAAUAAUUUUAUCGGUGCAAACUUCCUCCUCGGCAUGGCCAAUUUGAACAACCCGUCGUACACCAUUGAGCGCUGGCACUGUGUGCUGGUAACAUACUUGAUGGCCAUCGUGGCCGCGGGCGUCAAUAUCCUCCUUUCGCGGUUCUUGAAUCAAAUCUCCACGUUCGCUGUUAUCUGGAAUAUUCUCAGCUUUUUUGUCGUGGUGAUUACGAUCCUUGCCGCCAACGAUCAUAAGCAAUCUGCCAGUUUUGUCUUUUCCGAUUUUCAGAAUGACACGGGCUUUUCGUCGUCGGGAAUGGCUGUUAUGAUUGGUUUGUUGCAGACAUUGUUCGGGAUGUGCUGCUACGACGCCCCCAGCCACAUGACGGAAGAAAUGCUGAGCCCGGCCAAAGAAGCACCUCAAGCCAUCAUUCUCUCCGUCUAUCUCGGUGCCGUCACCGGCUUCAUCUUCCUUGUCUCUGCAUUCUUUUGUAUCGGUGACCUCGAAGCUACCGCCACUACCUCCACUGGCGUGCCCCUAAUCCAAAUAUUUUACGACAGCACCGGCUCCAUCGGCGGCGCCACCACACUGGCGGCCAUGAUCACCAUCAUCGUCCUCAUUUGCGCAAACAGCUUGAUGGCCGAAGGCAGCAGAGCGCUCUGGGCAUUCGCGCGCGAUCACGGAUUGCCGUUCUCCACGCUCUUUGCCAAAGUCCAGAAGAAAUCUCAGGUGCCCGUGUACGCGGUGAUUCUCUGCAUGCUGAUCCAGAUGGGGUUGAAUAGCAUAUAUUUUGCGAGCUACGAAGGUUUCAGCACCGUGAUAUCCAUCGCAACGUUUGGCUUUUACUUAUCGUAUGCCAUGCCCCUGUUUGUUCGUCUCUGGUCAGUUUUCACCGAUGGCCACGCAAAGGUUAUCCCGGGAGCGUAUACGUUAGGCAAAUACAGUCCAUGGGUCAAUGCCGUGGGGCUACUGUUUUUGGUUUUUGCGGGUAUUGAUUUCAAUUUCCCGCAGGUUGGGCCCGUCACAGCAGAUAACAUGAAUUAUUGCAGCGCGGCAUUUGGGAUCAUUGGACUGAUUAGCCUUGUCACGUGGAUUUUUGAUGGGAGGAAGAAUUUCACGGGGCCGCAGACGGGACUGAUGAAUGCGGCGGAAGCGGAGGAGAAAGGAUUGCCAUUGGGGACGGAGGCCGGUGCCGGAGUCUUGCUUGAAAAGGAGAAGAAUGAUAGUGUUGGGGGGAGGCAGUGA